AUGAUCCUCCUGUGUGUGUGCGGGAAGGAGGAGAAGGUGGUGGGCGAGCAGAAGGCGCCGGGGAGCUGCCCCUACUGCGGCGGCGUGGUGACGGCCACCGACGUGGAGGCCAAGUGGGUGCUCUGCUUCCUCCCGCUCUGCCUCAAGAACAAGCGCAGGUUCUCCUGCACCGCAUGCAACAGGCGCCUCGUCACCUACCCCGCCAUCCUCCAUGACUAG